AUGGAACAAUGUGAAAGUGAGCCUGAAUCGAAACCUGAAUCGAAACGCAGUCCAACGAAAAGAACUGCGGUCGUGCAGUUACCGGUAGAGGUGAUUUCGUCGAUUGAUCAAGGAUCAUUCGUGAACGCAGCAGAUAAGGAUUUAUUAUCAGAGACUUAUUAUCAUGGAAUAAUCGAACAAGAUGAAAUCAAAAAGCUUUUGUCGAAAAAUGGCGACUUCUUGAUCUGUAUUGUUGAAGGAGACACUGUGGAGAGAAUCGUGUGGGCUGUAAGGUUCGAUGGAUCACCUCGAUAUAUCGCAAUAGUACGUACAGCAGAUUCUAAAUAUGGAGUGCUAAAAGACAGAUAUUUCGACAAGAUCCCAGAUAUGAUCAAAUAUUAUGUCACAACACGAGAGCCUAUCCAUGCCUCUCUCAAGAUCACUGUUAAAAGAGCAAUUCAUCAUAAAGAUUGGUUGAUAUCACAUGACCGAGUAAGACUUGAAGAGGAGAUUGGUAAAGGUGCGUUUGGCAGCGUUUAUAAGGGCAUUCUUCAAGUAGGGCACGACUUUAUGACGGUUGCCGUCAAGACUUAUGCUGGGCAUGCCAGGGAUAGAUCGAAGGCUGCUUCAUUUUUGCAGGUGAAUUAUUAUUAUUAUUACUGCACUCCAAUAGUGUUGUGA